UAUAUUCCAGGAGGAAGAAGUCGUCGAAGAAGAGGUUGAAACCGAGGUAGAAGAGUCAGCUGAGGAAGAGGCUGAUGAACAAAGUCCCAAGAAGAAGAAGAAGAAGAAAGGCGAAGAAGUAGAAAAGAAGAAAACUGAUGAGUUAGUCGAGGAAGGUGAAGAAGUAGAAGAUUCGCCUAAAAAGAAAGUCGUCAAGAAGGUGGUAAAGAAAGUAGUGAAAAAGAUUGCCAAAAAAGAAACUCCGACAAAGAAGAAGGAUUCAAAAGAGGAAGGAGAGGGUGAAGAGGAAGAAGCUAAUGAAGCUGACGAAGAAAAAAUUGAGAAGGAAGAUGAGAAAAAAGACGGCGAUGAUGCUGAAAAGUCUGGUGACUUCAAAUUCGAAUGUCCUCGUUGCAAAACUACCUGCCUGACUGAAAAGGGCUACAACAAGCAUUUGAAAGGUGCCAAGCACAUGGCUGCCAUGCAGAAGCUGACAAUAGCACUUCGCUCCAAGCUGAGCAUAAUGCGCAUUGAGCAGCGUCGUGAACAGCGUAUCAUUGACGAGCAGCGCAGCAGUAGAAAUUUGAAUACUAUUUUCUGCGCAAUUUGUAAACUAAAUUUCCGCUGCUUGGCUUCAGCACAUGCUCGUUCUUUCAGACACCAGAAAAUGAAGAAAUUCCUGAUGCCGAUGUGCCGUGUAUGUGGCAUAACUGCAAAAUCACCAAUGCAGUAUGAGCAUCAUAUCUGUGAAGUGAAUCAUUUGAAGAGGGCAGCCAAAAAAGACAAAGAAAGGGAAGUGGACAAAGACAACUACAUGGUUGUAGAUGCUGUUGGCUCUCAAGACGAAGAAUCUGACAAAGAAGGAAAAGAGAAGUCAAAAACUGAAAAUAAAGAUAAAACUGAGGAGGGUCAGAAGGAAGGCGAUAAGUCACCAGAGAAAAAGAAGAAGAAUCUAGAAGUUGAAUAUGGUGAGUAGAUAUUAUUUUUGAAAUUUCCU